CUCCGCUGGCACCGGGCUAACACUGGACCGAGGCCGAGGUUGCUUGCCGCCGGAUCUUGCGCAUCCCUGGAAAUACGACAAAGGGAGCGGGCAUGAGCAGGAACGUGGAGUUGGCAUCCCCAACCUCCGCUCGACGUCAUCCACAUGCCAUCACCCACGAUAGACACCGAUGUACCACACUCCGUUCCGUUUUCCGUCUCCGUCUCCCCACCGCCGACACAGCGCUCACUUAUUGUUCUCCGUGCUCGCCGGGCCUCACCGAGCACAGGUGUAUUUUUGCCUCACAACAGGAGGCUGGGCGCCGCAUAAUGGAAAAUGCGGGCGCCGUCCUCGGCUCGGCAACUCCCGGACAUCGCCGUUCCGGCCCGGAGUAACGGUAAACUCGGAAGUAGGGGCGUAUUCCUUAUAUCCGCCGCUCGGGGAUGUGUGGAGUCCGGACUCGGCCCGCGUGGUUUGGACUGCGCUUUGCUCCACGACCACCUCGCUUACGCAGCUCGUUUCACUCUCACAUGCGACGCUCGUAACACUCGCUCGAAUGUCAAGCACCGCGUCGAUCCCACAGGUACGCACAGAUCACCGGUCGCUCGGCAGGAACACGUCGCGGGGUCAGGUGCCCCGCAGCAUGCAAGAAGGGCCGCUGCAUGCGAGGCGGCAUACUGCCGCCAAUCGGGCAGCCCGCAACAAAGUGUCCAUUCUCGGUCCUUGGCCGUGGUGGUCGUGUGAGGUCGAUCAGACAUUGGUAGCCUCCGCCCGCCGCCGCCAAGAAACGUGGGGCGUUUAUUCUGCGGAAGUUGGCCGGGCGCUUGCGAGCGCAUGCGAAGCGCUAUCGGCGAGGGCCGCUCGCUUAGCUUCCGGUUAGCGCUUCAGUGGGUCGUGUCGUCGACGGUGAGCGAUAGCAUCGCGAUAGCGAUGAAACGUCGAGGGCGAGCGAACAUGUAGAUACGUAGAUGUUCUUAUGCUAUCAUGCCCACCGA